AUGUCAACACCAACAAUGCACGAACUGACACCUCCACAAGAAGUGGGAGAGCUGAAUCCACUCCAACUGGAAGGAAUGACUCCGCAACAAGCGGUAGAAUGGCUUAGCCAACUUGAGAGAGAAUUGAAUCCACUCCAAUUGGAAGGAAUUACUCCACAACAAAUGGUAGAAAGGUUUAGACAACUAAGGGAAGAGAAUCGACAACGUAAUGAAGAGUAUCGACAACUAAGGGAAGAGAAUCGACAACUAAGGGAAGUGAUUGGAAGGGGAGUGUUUACACCUCGAAUGGAUGAACAGCCUUCUCGACCAAUGGAGGAAAUGGACAUAGGAACUACGCCCGAAGCUAAGCCCAAAACACUGAAAAACCUGUGUUCAACCCUGUUUCCCCUUCUUUUUGCUCGGGUCGUGAGUACUGUGAUCAUUCUUAUAGUUGCGGUGGAGUUACCCGAAGCUAAAGCGUUUAGAAAAAUUUCGACAAAGUGCAGCUACUCUUUGGAACUGAUUUGUGGGUAUCUUACAUUGCAACGGGCGCUUGGCGCAUUCGCUUCCUAUCGACGCAAAGACCCAGUCAAAGAACUUUUAUGGAGCAUUUUGACUCUUAGUUUGUCCGCACCGGUACAUUAUAUCGCCUAUGAGUGCUUUUCACGGCAAGAAAAUCCAACUAUAUCUAAAUGUUUGGUUUUAUCGCUGAUUAUAAUUGCUAGCGGCAUUUCACCAGAUACUGCUGAGUUCGUAAACGUUCGGACUUUUUGCGCAUUGUGUGGCGGGGGCUUUUCAUGGACUGUCGGGCAAUUAACAGAAUGGGCCGAGAAAUUCAUAAGAUGGGCCAGGAAUUGA